UCGUGUGGAGGGUUCCUGGUGUCCACUGGGACACGGGGGUGUUGGCGGCUCCGCCCGUGACUCUCCGCCUUCCAAACCGGGAACAUAAACGGACCAGGAACUCACAACAGUUCCAGUUCUUUGUUUCCGGACUUUGGACUUGGACCGUGUCCGGAAAAGGGUGGCCGUGCCACUGUUCUUCACGAGGAGGCGUCAUGGACUUCCACAAACUGAACACUUUUGGAGUUUUCCAGCGAGUCUGGCCUCAUUACGGUUACGGGGGGAACUUUGAAGACCUGCGGGAGCGAGAGUUCCAGAGGAUGACGGGAGUAAUUUAUCUGGACCACGCAGCAGCCACUCUGCACCCAGACUCUCUGCUCAGAGAUUACUUUAAGGACAUUUCCUCUAACGUUUAUGGAAACCCUCACAGCCACAGCCCCAGCAGCAGGCUGACCCAUGACACCGUGGAGCGGGUUAGAUACAGGAUCCUGCAGCAUUUCAACUCCAGCCCUGAGGAGUAUUCUGUGAUUUUCACUUCUGGCUGCACUGCUGCUCUCAAAUUAGUGGCUGAGAUCUUUCCCUGGAGCGCACAGAGAGAGGAGGAAACAGGAAGUUACUUCUCAUAUCUCACUGACAACCAUACCUCUGUAGUAGGCAUAAGGGGACAGGCUUCUGCCCUGGGGGUUGUUGCCCUACCUGUCCUCCCAGAAGAAGUGGAAAACAAAGAAAAAGUGGAAUCCCAAGGUGAAGAUGCUCUCAACCAAACAGCACACCUCUUCUGCUACCCAGCGCAGAGCAACUUUUCUGGAAGAAAGUACCCCCUGAGCUAUGUGAGAGGCAUCCAGACGAGACGUCUUUACCCGGCGUGCGACCACCAAGGCCGCUGGUUUGUUCUGCUGGAUGCAGCCUCCCAUGUCAGCUGUUCCCCCUUGGACCUACAGGACUGCCCUGCUGAUUUCAUUCCCAUCUCUUUCUACAAGAUGUUUGGCUUCCCCACAGGUCUGGGGGCUCUUCUGGUCCGAAACAGCACAGCAGGAAGACUGAAAAAGACUUACUUCGGAGGAGGCACAGCAGCCGCUUAUCUCACCAGUGAAGAUUAUUAUGUGGAGGCAGCAAACGUUUCUGACAGGUUUGAAGAUGGAACCAUAUCAUUUUUGGACAUUGUUGCAUUAAACCAUGGCUUUGAAUCUCUUUACAGGAUAACAGGAAACAUGCACAACAUCCAGCUGCACACGUUUGGCUUGGCACGUUACACGUUCAUGCUGCUCUCCGGUCUUUGCCAUGGCAACGGGAGACCGGCGGCUCAGAUAUACGCGGAUGGCCACUUUGACAGUCCGGUCACCCAGGGACCCAUCCUGAGCUUCAACCUUCUGGAUUCUAACGGGAAAAUAAUCGGAUAUUCACAGGUGGACAGGAUGGCAAGUUUAUACAACAUCCAUGUGCGCACAGGCUGUUUUUGCAACACGGGAGCCUGUCAGGCCUUCAUCGGCAUCACCAACCAGCAGAUGAAGAGAAACCUUCAGGCGGGGCACGUCUGUGGAGACAACGUUGACCUGGUGGAUGGCCAGCCAACUGGAUCGGUUCGAGUGUCCUUCGGCUACAUGUCGACGUUUGAAGACUGUCAAAAGUUCCUGAGCUUUGUUGCUGAGUGCUUUGUGGAGAAGCCGGUCACCGUGGACCCAGACAGACUACAAGGUCUCCUACCUGUCAGUGCACCAUCAGAGAAAUCCAAUGGUGUCUCCUCCAUCAAAGUCUUUCACAGGGAAGAACCAGUGGAACAGAGAGAGUCAGACAGCCACAGGGAAGCUUAUACUCUGACCAACAUCUACAUAUAUCCUGUUAAGUCUUGUGGAGCAUAUGAGGUCCAUAACUGGCCCGUGGGACCGCAGGGUUUAUUGUAUGACAGAGGCUGGAUGGUGGUGAAUGGAAACGGAGUUUGCUUAAAUCAGAAGAGGGAGCCUCGCCUGUGCCUCAUCCGCCCCAGAGUCCACCUUCCCUCAAACAAGCUGAUGCUGCAGGCUCCAGGGAUGGAUACCAUUUCAAUUCCUCUGGAAAAUGACAUUCUGCUGCAUACAGGCUCUGCUGUGAGUCAGAGUAAAGUUUGCGGUGACAGGGUGGAGACUGUUGACUGCGGGGGCGAGGCCGCAUCCUGGCUGUCAGACUUCCUCGGACAGCCGUGCCGCCUGAUAAGACAAAGUCCAGACUUCACCCGAGAAAUGAAGAAGAGACCUUGUGACGCUGCCUCCUCCCCGUCCCUCUCUCUGGUGAAUGAAGCUCAGUAUCUCAUGAUCAACCUCGCCAGCGUGAAGCUCAUUCAGAGUCUAAUGAGCAGCAGGCGGGGCGGCUGCGAGGACGAGGAGCUCCUCGACUCUCAGAAUGUCAUCAGGCGCUUCCGAGCCAAUUUAGUCAUCACUGGAGGAGAACCAUUUGAGGAGGAUAAUUGGUCACACUUGAUCAUUGGCAGCACCCGGUUCGUGGUCGCAGGUCAGUGCGGAAGAUGCCAGAUGGUGGGAAUAGACCAGGACACUGGAGCCAAAUCUAAAGAGCCGCUCAUGUCCCUGUCUGCCCUCCGCGGCGGGAAGGUGACGUUUGGCGUGUAUCUCUCCCAUGAGACUCCAGACGGUUCUGCAACAGCAAACGUCCUGUCUGUUGGUUCUGUUAUCCAACCGGAACCACACAGACAUUGAAGGGUCACCUACCUAUAAAAACAUCAACCAUUUGGGAUUCAGUCCUUUUAAGUGAAAUCCCCUCAAGUCUUUCUGGAAGGGAAAGGGAAGCUGCUUGUUGUUUAACUCAUGAACCUUCUCGUUAACCAACAAAGUUAACAUAAGACAAAAAUGAAUGUUUAAGAUAUACCAAUGAUCUACCAGGCACCUGUUUUCUUUUUGAACUGUUGAGGAACGAAGAGUACUAAUAUGUUAGGAAUGUCUUAUCUGUAAUUGUGAAGGUACAUUUCUGAAGCAUCUCUGUACCUUCUGCUUCUUCUAAAGAUAAAUUC